AUGGCCAAAACAUUUAGCAAAGACGACGUUGCCAAGAACAACAAGUCAGACAGUCUCUGGAUUAUUGUCGAUGAAGACGUAUAUGACCUGACUAAAUUCCAAGACGAACACCCAGGUGGAAAGAAGAUCCUCACAAGAGUCGCCGGGAAGGACGCCUCGAAACAAUUCUGGAAAUACCACAAUGAGGGUAUCUUGAAGAAAUACAAGCCGCAAUUGCAGAUCGGAUCGUUGGACUCUAAGAAGGCCGCUGAAGCUCCGGCUCCCGCCCCGGCUGCGGAAGCACCCAAGAAGCAGCAGGCUGCAAAGCCCGUUGAUGUUACGGCUGCGAAAUCGUCAGAGCCUCAGGAGCCAUAUGGUGAUUUGAUCCCGUUUGCGGAUCCGUCAUGGUACCAAGGGUACCACUCGCCCUACUUCAAUCAGACUCAUGCAGCGCUCCGCGCGGAGGUGCGGGAAUGGGUUGAGAAGGAGAUUGAACCGUAUGUGACGGAGUGGGAUGAGGCCAAGGAGGUUCCGGGCAAGAUCUACAAGCAGAUGGGCGAGCGCGGGUAUCUCGCUGGUUUACUGGGUGUCAAGUACCCCGUCGAAUACACCAAGCACCGUGUGCAAUCUGUUGCGCCUGAAAACUGGGAUCUUUUCCAUGAGAUGCUUCUGACAGAUGAGCUCUCCCGCGCCGGUAGUGGUGGUCUUGUUUGGAACUUGCUUGGUGGUUAUGGGAUCGGAUGUCCCCCGCUGGUGAAGUACGGCAAGAAGGCGCUUGUGGACCGCAUCUUGCCUGGUAUCCUGGCGGGUGAUAAGCGCAUCUGUCUUGCUAUUACCGAGCCGGAUGCUGGUAGCGAUGUUGCCAACCUUACCUGUGAGGCGAAGCUCUCUGAAGAUGGCAAGCACUAUAUCGUCAAUGGUGAGAAGAAGUGGAUUACGAACGGUAUUUGGUCUGAUUAUUUCACGACUGCGGUUCGCACUGGCGGGCCUGGUAUGAACGGGCUUUCUGUUCUUCUUAUCGAGAGAGAGGCCGGUGGCGUUAGCACCAGGCGCAUGGACUGCCAGGGUGUCUGGAGCAGUGGAACAACAUACGUGACAUUCGAGGACGUCAAGGUUCCCGUGGAGAACCUCAUCGGCAAGGAGAACCAGGGAUUCAAGGUCAUCAUGACCAACUUCAACCACGAGCGAAUCGGCAUCAUCAUCCAAUGCCUCCGCUUCUCGCGCGUCUGCUACGAAGAGUCCAUGAAAUACGCUCACAAGCGCAAGACAUUCGGCCAGAAGCUCGUCAACCACCCCGUCAUCCGCAUGAAACUCGCCCACAUGGCCCGCCAGAUCGAAGCGAGCUACAACUGGCUCGAGAACAUCAUUUUCCAGUGCCAAUCGAUGGAUGAGACAGAGGCGAUGCUGAAGCUUGGCGGUGCUAUUGCCGGUCUCAAGGCCCAGUCAACAACGACUUUUGAGUACUGCGCGCGCGAAGCUAGUCAGAUCUUUGGUGGCUUGAGUUACAGCCGUGGUGGUCAAGGCGGGAAGAUUGAGCGGCUGUACCGUGAUGUGCGCGCUUAUGCGAUUCCCGGUGGCAGUGAGGAGAUCAUGCUGGAUUUGAGUAUGCGGCAGAGUUUGCGUGUGCAUCAAAUGUUUGGGAUGAAGCUGUAA